GGCAACUUCACACACAGCCCUAGCCUUCUUCCUCUCUUUUACGCGAACGGCGAAUCCGGAGCCCUAGCUUUCUUCCUCUGUUCUUCUCUUCCACGACCACGGUUCCACACUUCCACCUUCGAUUCCACCAUGCUCGAGAGAAGGAGACCCUGAAGGAGAACCCUAGCUUCUCUUCCUCUCUUCUUCUCUUCAGUCAUCGCCGUCGCUGGGUCGCCGUCGCUGCCUCGCUGGGUCACCGUCGCCGAGGAGCAAUCCAUUCACCGAGAAGCAGUCCUGUCACCGAGCAGCAGUCCAGUCGCCAAGCAAGACUCCAGUGGCCGUCGCAGUCCAACUCGAGCGCCAAGCAGCAGUCUAGUCGCCAAGCAAGACUCCAGUGGCCGUCGCAGUCCAGUCGCCAAGCAAGAUUCCAGUGGCCGUCGCAGUCCAACUCGACCGCCGAGCAGCACUCCUAUCACCAAGCCAUCUCCUGCAGAAAGCAACUCCACAAUGUCUUCUUCGGAGUCAACAAGCAAUGAGGUGCCCAGUGAGCGGACGCCUGAAGUUGGGGGUGAAAUUGUUGAGUCCGCGGUACAUUCUUCAACGGACAGCGGCGUGCUUACCGAACCCCCGCCCCAUCCUAGAUCAAAGAAGAGGAAGGUUCAUUCAACUAAUGUGGGUGCAACUCCGGGAGCAACUCCAACAAAUCCAUCUCCAAGUACUGUGGAAACUGAUGAAGAGGAUAGCAAGGAUGAAACUAAUGAAGGUAACAGAAAACCUUCUAGACCUAGAUCUUGGACUUGGGAACACUUUACAAGGGAUCCUAAGUCCAAGCCAUCACAUCCUAGGGCUAAAUGUAAUUGGUGUGGUGCAUCAUAUGCAUGUGACUCUCAUAGAAAUGAUAGAAAUGAUAUGCGUUAUCAUUCUUGA